AUGCACCCUCCAUCAAAGCACUGGUAUCUCAUUGACUACGUCAUCGUCAGGAAGCGAGACAGACAUGACGUUCGUGUUACCAAGGCUAUGGGCGGCGCGGAGUGCUGGCCAGAUCGCCGUCUCAUCGUCUCUAAACUCAACUUCCGGAUCAAACAAAAGAUACGUCCUCAAGAGACCAAGGCUCCAAAAAGUCUCAACAUUGGCAAGCUCAAGUUGCCUUCCACAUCUCAGUACUUUGCUGACACCCUGGAAGAACGCCUGAACUCCACCGUGCUGGAUGACCACGACGUGGAAACAGCAUGGAACACACUUCGUAAUACAGUAUACAAUACAGCCUUCGAGUAUCUGGGACCCUCCACCAGAAAACACAAAGACUACCAAGAAAGACCUCUGAGGAACGCUCGCAGCACAGUACAGCUUAAGCUUCCGGAUGUGCAGGACUCCUGGAUGAAUGCCAAAGCUGACGAGAUCCAAUGCUACGCCGACUCUCAUGACACGAAGAACUUUUACUGUGGACUGAAGGAAGUCUACGGAUCAACUCCAUCAGUCUCAUCCCCUCUCCUCAGUGCUGACAGGUUAACACUCAUCACAGAGAAUGAAAAGAUACUCAACAGGUGGGCGGAGCAUUUCAAUGGCGUUCUGAACCGCCCCUCUACCAUCAACGACGAAGUCAUCAACCGACUGCCUCGGGUUCCAAUCAACCAGUCAUUGGACGCCGUUCCUAUGUUGGAAGAGAUUCAGAAAGCAAUUAGUCUGCUGUCAACUGGCAAAGCACCUGGCGGAGACUCCAUCCCAGUUGAGAUUUACAAAAAAGGGGGCAUGGCUCUAGUCAAAAAUCUCCACCAUCUGUUUGAGCUCAUUUGGUACCAAGAGAAGGUGCCUCAAGACCUCAAGGAUACCUCAAUCAUCCAUCUGUACAAGCGAAAGGGAAAUAGACAGGCCUGCGACAACCACCGUCUCAUUAAACACCUUGAGGAUGGUCUCCUGCCCGUGAGUCAGUGCGGCUUCCGGAAGAAUCGCGAUACAAUCGACAUGGUGUUCGCAGCACGCCAUCUGCAAGAGAAGUGUCAGGAACAGAACUCCGACCUGUACUCAACUUACGUCGAUCUGACCAAGGCUUUUGACACUGUCAGCAGAGAAGGCCUUUAA